AUGAUGUUGAACCAUUUCAUCCUUAUUUUCUUCUUAUUCAAAAAUACUGAUGCUCAUGAUGUUAUUCGGGAAGCUUUGAAUUCCAUUGAUCAAUUCUCAGAUCCUUGCGACAAUUUUUACGCUCAUGUUUGCACAUACACCGAACCUGACUUCCUGACAAAUGCGAUGUAUGCUCCAAUCUUCGAAAAACUGAUAGCUCAACAGAGAGACAGUUCUUGGGAAAACCUUGAAUCUAUGAGUGCGCUGAACGAUAUUAAUUUAGGAGAAAUUGAGCCGUCGUUAACGGAAUAUCUCGUGAACACAUUUUCCAAUCUAUGUGAGACCCAAGAUCGUGAUCUUCAUAAUUUUUUACUGAAGGUUGAGCAAAUUAUGUAUCGAACUCUGUCUCCGAAAUGUCAUUUUACGGACUGUAUGACACCACUCGAGAGUGACAAUAACUGCACGAGAGCUUCGGAAACUCUUCAGUCACGUUUACAACCGUAUCAUGGAAACGUUGUCGCUGAAAUGAAAAUGUUGAAAGAUGAAAUAAACAAAGUUCUAGAAAAUAUAAGAGUUGUGAGCAUGAUUAUCGACGGCGAUUAUAGAGAAGGAAUUGAGUUUGUGAAUGAAAACGUGAAAAACAUGAUAAGUAUAGUAACCAAAAUGAUAGAGAAAACCCCUUGGGCUCAAAAUCAAGGCGUAACAAAAACGAUCAAGCAACUCGUUGAAGAAAUAGUUGUUGAUGAUAACUAUGCUGUCCAACUCCGUUCAAACAUCGAUGUUUUGAUGGAUUUUGAACAAAAAUAUUUGAAGUGCACUGGUAGUUUCAAAGGAGAUUUUAAUUUGUUGUGUUUACAAUUAUCAUGGGAAGUUAUGAAGACAACUGGAGAGCAACCAUUCUUUAAAUGGUUGAAUGCCGGAAAUUUUCAUCCAACCACCAUUUUUGGUCUUCCGAUUUACGCUAUUGCAAAAGAUGCAAAAGAGACAGCUGGAAAACUUGGGUCAGCUAUCGCUGUAGCUGGUCAUGAGCUCAGUCACUCUAUAAUUGAAUCUCCGUACUUCCGGCAACUUUUACCAUUUUCUUCUGAAGAGGCAAUACAAUGUGUACAAUCUCAAUUCAAUAAUACUUGUAAUGAAUUUGGAGAGGGAUUGUGUGGAGUUUCUGAUGCUCCUGGUGAAAUCGAUGAAAAUGGUUCUGAUCUUCUAGGACUACAGCUAGCAUAUGAACUGUUUUUGAAUGAAUACCAAGGAAGAGAAGAGAAUGUACCACGCGCGGUUGGAGAUCCUCACUCUACCGCAAUUGUGAGAGCAAAUAUAUUAGUCCAAAUUCCUGCUUUUCAAGACGCUUUCCAAUGUUCCGAUGAUAGCAGAAUGAUGAAAACUAUGCAGAAGCAAUGCAACAUUUAUGGAGAGAACGCACCUCAGCAAAAGAAGUAA